AUGCCGUCGCCGCAAGUUGUCACUUUCCCCUCCCGCAGCUACAAGCUCGCCGGCCUGUUCUAUCCCCCGGUGGCAGGUUCCCCCGAUCGCUCUGGCGCAGCCAUUGUCAUUGCCCAUCCCUGGACAUCCAUUAAAGAGCAAUCCCCCGCCAACUAUGCUCGCGUCCUGACGCAAGGCGGCUUUACCUGCCUGACCUACGAUGCCGCUUACCAGGGAGAGUCUGAGGGCGAACCCCGAGACCUGGAAGAUCCCUACCAGCGUGUCGAAGAUAUCAAGUGCGCUGUUACCUACCUGAUCAGCCGCAAAGACGUCAACUCUGACAAGAUCGGUGUGCUCGGCAUCUGCGCAUCCGGUGGCUAUGCCCCUUUCGCAACCCAGACCGACUUACGCAUCAAGGCGUGCGCCACCUCAGCUGCAGUGUGCGCCGGCACCAUGGCUCGUCGUGGCUACGACAAGGACAGCUCCAAUCUGGAUAUCCUAAAGACUCAGCUGGAAGCAGCUGGAAGGGAUCGCAACAGUGAUGUCGGCGGCGAGAAGGUCCCCAUCGUCCACAUGCUUCCCGAAAAGCCGGAGGAUGCACCCGCGGAGUUCCCUGAUUCAUUCCGCGACUUGAUGAACUACUAUCGUACCCCUCGUGCUUUUCACCCUCGCGCGACGAACACCUGCCUGCCUCGCAGUUGGGAUAUCAUGGGUAACUUUGAUGCAUUUGCGCACAAUGACACGAUUAGCCCCCGGCCGCUGCUGAUGAUCACUGUGAGGACGCCGUGCGCCAAGGAGCCCAAAGAAUUGCACGUUAUUGAGGGCCUGACACAUGCGGAUCUCUACGACCAUGUGGAUGAGGCUGGUGCCAAGUGUGUCGAGUUCUUCGGAAAGAGUCUGGCCUAA